AUGUUAUUGGAUAUGUUGGAUAAAUUGUGUGGAAGAAUUGAGGAGUUUAGGGAGAAGAGGGAAGUGCUGGAUAUGAGGAUUGUUUAUCAGUGUUUUAUCACGGAUGUUAUUACUUUGUACGCACUAAAUCGUUCCUGGAACCAUCUCGAUUCCCCCGACUUCUCACCCCUAUGGGUAGAAACAAUAGCCGAAACGGUCAAAUUAGGACAUCUCCUCACUCAAUUUCCUAUCCUCUUACCCAUCGCUUUGAAUCUCCCAAGAUGGUUUUUAAAACUCACAAAACCGGGGUUUGCUCUCCUUAUGGAUUUUCGAAAGGCAAUAGAAAUAGACACCAAAAACAUCCUCGAAGGAAACUAUAAAUUUAACCCCGAUAAAGGUAAUGGAUUAGACCAAACCAUCGUUCAUGCAAUCCUUGAAUCGGAUGAAAUACCUCCAUCAGAAAAGGAAUUCAAGAGAUUGUUUGAAGAGGCUUUUGUGCUUAUAGGGGCUGGUUCGGAUACGGUGGCGAAUAUGUUGACUAACACACAUUUUCAUCUUCUCGAUAAUCCACAACAUUUAAAAACCUUAAGAGAGGAAUUAAAAAAAGCCAUGCCAGAUCAAUAUGCACGAGCCUGUUUGAAAGAUCUAGAGGGUUUACCGUUUUUAAAUGCUGUUGUUAAUGAAGGCCUAAGACUUUCCUACGGCGUUUCAACUCGGCUCCCCCGUAUUUCGCCAUAUGAAGUUAUGAUGUAUAAAGAUUGGGAGAUUCCUGCUGGUACACCCGUCUCAAUGACCUCAGUCUACAUGCAUCAAAACCCUAGCAUCUUCCCCAAUCCACUAACAUUUAAUCCAUACCGCUGGCUUACAUCUUCUUCAUCUUCUUCCUCCUCCUCCACACCCACCCAAUCCCCCAUCCUCAAACUCGACACAACCCACGAAAAAUACCUCGUAGCGUUCAGCAAAGGCUCGCGUAGUUGCGCGGGUAUAAAUCUAGCAAAAGCAGAGAUUUUAUUAACGAUAGCUACGAUUUUUAGAAGAUAUGAGGUGCAGGGACUUGUGGAGACGGAUAGGAGAGAUGUGGAUGUGAAGAGGGACUUGUUUUUGCCGUUUCCGGAGGUGGGGAGAGGAGGGGUGAGGGUGAGGUAUUGGUAA